AUGGAUGGAUACAUUUUGCAUGAGCAUAGUCUCAUGAUAACUAAAUACAAAUAUACAAAUAAAUUUUUGUUCGACUAUUUAUCUCAACAUUGUCAUGAUAUACCAGGAUUGACAAUAAAACGAUUAUAUUUCGAAUUAACCGGAGCUGUAAUCUAUUCUCAUCCAAAUUAUGCUCAACUAUAUGAAAAUAUUCAUAAAAAUAUACAUCAAUCAAAAUCAAAAUCAAACUUAUUUAAACAAAACAAUAAAACUAAUAUUAAUAAUCAUAAAAAAUCGAUUAAAUUAUCAAAUAAAUUUGUAACAGUUGAUGAAACUAAUUUUCCACAACCGUAUACUUCUCAUAAACAUCGAAAAAACCAUCUAAAUUCAACAGUAAUGACGACAACAACAACAAUGACAACAAAGGUGUUAAAACAAUCAACCGAAACUGUAACAAAUCGUAAUCAAUUAGAGAACAACCUUGAUCAUAAGUAUCCAGUUAAUUUUAGUUGCGAAAUUUAUGUUCAUUCACGUGUUAAUUCACGUAUUAUGAUAAGAUUUCAAUCAUUCUAUAUACCAUCACAACAGCAUUUAUUAUGUGAUGAAAACUAUCUAUAUUUAUUUGAUUCAAAUACACCACAGUAUCGUGCUAUGGCAGAAGCCGGUGGUGAAAGAGGUCUUUGUCAGCAUCAUUUUCCUACGCAACCAAUUUUCACAACAAAAUCAUUUGUUACAAUUGUAUUCAGAUCAACAACAUUCUCAUCAUCUUCGUCAAUGGAUAUGGAACCUGGCUUCAAAUUAAUACUUACAGCAAUAACUGAUGAAUUAACAAUUAUGAAAAUUAUUCCAUUAAUUAGACUUAUGCAUUUUAAUUGUUGUUAUUUAAAUUUACGUUUAUUUAGUCAUAUAGUAUUAUUCAAUAUAAAUAUUUAUCAUAGUAAAUUGUCUCUGUUUCAACUAACCUCUCUUCAAGCAAAAUCUACAGGUGUUUGUGAAAAUAAUGAAUUCUUUUGUGGACAUAUAUCAGUGGAACCAUCUCAGUUAUCAUAUAUGCACAGAAACAAACGUUUAAUAACCAAUAAACUAAACUCAUCUGAUAAAACAAACUAUUCCACUGAUAUUCAGCCAAUAACUACUAAACACAUUUUACAAAACAUUGUUCAAAAUAAUUUAUCAAAAGUUAAAUCAGUCAAACUAAAACAACGUCGAUCAUCCAAACGUAAAGAUUAUGGUUAUUGUAUUUCAAGAUUACUUCAAUGUGAUAGUAUUGUACAUUGUCAUAAUGCAAGAGAUGAGUUACCUAGUUUACGAAUGAAUCCAUCAGAUUUACCUCAUCAAUUAUUACAUGCAUUAGUUGGUGCUUAUCUUACUCCUGCUGAUUUAAACAAUGUUGGUUGUACAGUAUAUAAAUUAAACAAUGAUCCACUUAUAAACAAUAAUAAUAAAUACGCAUUAGUCAAAACUUUAUUUCCUAGCUCACAAAUGGAAAACAACAAAACAAAUUUACCAUCUUUUUUCUCAAUCAGCUCAACAGCUAACACACUGAUAAUUGGAUGUAUUAUACUAGUCUCUUUUGUUGUUAUUGUAUUUGCAUAUUCAUGUUACCAAUAUUGUUAUCGUAAGAAAUUACGAACAAUACAAAUACCCAACAAGUCAAUCAUUUACUGGUCAUCGUUUAAAACAAUGAAAGGAUUAAAUAGUAUUUCACAAGAUCAUGUUAAAUCUAACUUAACAAACCAAGAGCAAAAAACAGACAUGAACAAAGAAUGUUUCACACAAAAUGGAUUAGGAAAAUAUAUGAUAGGUCGUAGUGCAACUGAUGGUACUUUAAGUACGCUUGCUGAAUCCUACCCAGGAUCAAAUAAAAAUGAAAAAUGUACUUCAGAUAUCAAUCAAUCUUCCCUUUAUGUACAAAAUGGACCACUGAUCCCCCAAUCAAUUAGUAGGAACUCACUUCAAUCAAAUGAUUAUAAUUACCAUAGCAACAACAAUAAUAAUAAUAGUACAAAAAGUGUCCAUUUUGAUGUACCUAAUAGUAAUGAUAAUAAUAAUAAUAAUAACAAUAUAUCACAAAAUUCAAACCAGUAUUACAAAGCACCAUGUGUGAAUUCUAUUAAUCCUCAAUGUUUCGGAUCAUAUUGUGAAACGGUUCCUUUCAUCAAUCAACAACAACAAAUUCAAAUAAAUUGGCAAACUAAUUCUCAACAGUUAAUAUGCUACCCAAUAAUGAAUAAAAGCCAAAUGUUUACUAAUUGUUCACAAACACUAUUUCAUACAAGUCUAUACUCAAAUAUUAAUAAUUCCCAAACACAAAUGUUAAAUGCCGAUAUUGUACCAUAUAAUAAUUUAUGGAGAUCUGCAUCAUUCGGCAACGAAACCGAGCUAUUACAGCCAAUUAAUAAUGAGUUCCAAACAAAUAUACCACAUUCUAUAACUACAACGUUCUUACCAUUACAUCAGCAUCCAUUACAUUAUCAUCAUCAAUAUUCUACCACAACAGCACCGCCACCACCACCACCUUAUCCAAAGGAUCAUAGACUGAUUAACUCAUGUACUGCAUCAAAACAAAUAAAAUAUCACCUGGGAGAGUUGGGAAAAUCAGAUGAAUAUGUUGUAAGAUCUCCUUCAAAGUUAUUACUGAAGAAAACUGCAGGAAAAGAGCAAAAUACUAAGAUGAUCACUAAUUUCAAUAAGAAAACUGGAACAAAGCGUGUUGAUAACCGGAAGCUUUAUAGAAGAAAACAUAAAGAGCAUCUAGGUAUGGUCAACAACCAUCUCACUCUAGAUCACUAUACCAAAAAUGACAGGAACAGACAUUAUAUUCUUAGUGUCUAUUCUGAUGGUAGUGUAUCAGAAUCAAGCGGUAUGUAUACGGUCAAACACUGUGGGUAUCGCAACAAGAAACAUUCAAAACAUUUUGAUAGUAAAGCACAAAUUAUUGACUCUGAUUCUCCUGCUACAACUGAUGUAAGUAUUACUCAUACUAGCAAACGUUCGAGGAAAUGUUUCAACGAACAUUUUAUGCACACAGAACAUAUUCAACGAGUUAGCCAUUCACAUAAACAUAAAACAUGUCAUUUUCAUUCAAAAACACGACAGGAAAAACACACAGAUUUAUUAAACAACAAAAUUCAGUCAUUAAGUGGCAGUCUGUGUAGCACAGCUAAUAACGAUACUAAGUGUGAUAAACGUGUCAGAGAUUUUGAAAAGAAAUUCGAUGCUAAAAUUUAUACUGUACCAUCAUUGAAUGAAAGAUAUACGAUAUCUCAUAGUGAAUCCAAUCCACUGAAUUUAUCUUUCCUAGCAAGAGAGAAUACAACCAAUAAUAUGAAUCGUUCAUUUUCUUCAUCUGACAUACCUUAUACGAGACAUGGAGAAUACAUUUAAGUGAUCCCAAACAGCGGAACAUCCUACAGCAGUAUUCAUCUUUACAUCGAGUAAAUACGCUUAUUCUCAAGAAAUAAAAG